AUGUCAGUAAGCGGGUCGUCUGCGAAACUCUGCGCCGACUAUCUGCCGGGCGCUCUGAGGCGCAGGAAGGUAUUCUUACCUCUUGCCGCACUCCGGGGUACGACGCCAACGUACAUCAGGGAAUGCAGAAGGGGCGCGCAUCUGCAUCAAGGUAACCGGCAAGGUUGUCGGGCGACACUACCAGAUAGUCGAGUGUAUGGCCAGUUGGGGGAGAGAGAGCUACAGCGUGGCCUGAAUGUGCGACGAUUCGCAACGGGGGUUGCGGCCAAUGCCGAUAAGGAGAAAGGCACAGACGCCACAGCUGGGCCUCAGGGUGGUCCACUACAGGAAUAUGAUUUAAGGGUGCAGAAGGGUCGGUUGCGGGAUGAUCCUCAUCAGCGACAAAUCAUUGAGAAGCUUCAAGACCUCUAUGAAAGGCUACGAUCCUACAACCCUCCCCCGGUCGUCCAUCCGAAAGUUGAAUCGCUGGACCCCAAGCCCAAGGCAUCUUUCUUGGGCUCUCUUUUCGCACGGGGUAAGCUGAAGGAGGAGCUGACGGUCCCGGAAUCCCUUCCCAAAGGCUUGUAUAUGUACGGAGAUGUUGGGUGCGGGAAGACAAUGCUUAUGGAUCUGUUCUACGAUACGCUGCCGUCCAAUAUCUCAUCAAAGUCCCGUAUCCAUUUCCACAACUUCAUGCAGGAUGUACAUAAACGGAUGCACGUGGUGAAAAUGAAAUAUGGCAACGAUUUUGAUGCAUUGCCCCUAGUGGCGGCCAAUAUUGCGGAAAUGUCGAGCGUGUUUUGCUUUGAUGAGUUUCAGUGCACCGAUGUGGCUGAUGCGAUGAUUCUGAGACGGCUACUCGAGUCCCUCAUGGCUCAUGGAGUUGUACUUAUUACUACGUCCAACAGACACCCCGAUGACUUGUAUAAGAACGGUAUCCAGCGAGAGUCCUUCAUCCCAUGCAUCAACCUCUUGAAGACCGCUCUGGCCGUGAUCAACUUGAACUCGCCCACGGAUUAUCGCAAGAUCCCCCGCCCUCCAUCAGGCGUUUACUAUCACCCUCUGGGUGAGGAUGCAGACCGCCAUGCACAGAAAUGGUUCGACUUCUUGGGCGAUCCCAUCAACGACCCGCCGCACCCCACCACACAGGAGGUCUGGGGUCGCAAGAUCCAGGUGCCCUUGGCCAGUGGCAGAGCUGCCAAGUUCAGCUUUCAGCAGCUGAUUGGCAGCGCCACUGGAGCGGCUGAUUACCUGGAGCUGGUCCGGAAUUACGAUGCCUUCAUUAUCACCGGCGUCCCAGGAAUGAACAUCAAUCAACGUGACCUCGCUCGGCGAUUCAUCACCUUUAUCGAUGCUGUCUAUGAAAGUAGGGCUAAACUUGUUCUCACCACGGCAGUGCCGCUUACUAACCUCUUUAUCUCCGAAUCCGAAAUGAAAAGCUCACUUGAUGAGGCCGACGGUAGUGAUUUGUCGGAUGCAAUGCGCAUGAUGAUGGACGACCUGGGCCUCUCGAUGAAAGCCCUCAAGUCCAACUCCAUAUUCAGCGGCGACGAGGAGCGCUUCGCGUUUGCCCGUGCGCUCUCGCGUCUAUCCGAAAUGGGCAGUAAGCAGUGGGUUGAGAGGGGUCUAGGGGUUGGUAUGACCGCCGAAGAGGGAAAAGGCGACCGUGAUGCUUGGAUUAAGGUCCGGAGUCAUUGGGGAGAAGAUAACAUGUAG